AUGUGCUAUGAUACUGCUGUUGAUUCCAAUCGUAAUAAACAACGUAAGAAUGAGUUUGAUAGUGACACACGCACACCAAAAUUUUUAGCAACCCUUCCCAUUGAAAUUCAAGCAUCUGAGAUAUACACCUGGAAUAUAUUUUUGGAAGUUCAAAAAGAGAUUCAUCGAGGACUGUUGCAUUGUAUCGUUUCUGAGCGUCCCACCACGUCUGUCGACUCUAUUUAUAAUGUUAGACAUCUUAACAAACACAGAGUUAUUGUCAACACGUUCGAGGUUUACGGUGAUAUCCCAUCACACACUUAUACUUGUUCCUGCAUGGGAUUUACACGUAUCGGUUAUUUGUGCCGUCAUGUAUUUUGCGUAUUUUGGUUCAAAUCAAUUGACUGUAUUCCCAUCCAAUACAUAAGCGGGCGAUGGAAACGUGAUGCGGUCCCAUCCACCGUGUAUAACUUAUCACACAUGUAUUCAACAAAGAUGAGUGAGACUGGUACACUAAAAACUGAAAUACUUGAUUUACUUACCCAAUGCAUGAAUCGGAUUGGAAAAAACCCUGAUCGACUUCGUUCACUAUCUACACAAAUACGAUCCAUCAGAAAUGAAAUAUAUAAAGAUUUACCUGAUGAACCAGAACAUAACCCAAAGGCUGCUAACAUCAGUGAUAUACUCAACCUUCCAAUUCAUUCAGCUUCAACAAUCCAGCCGCCUAUGGGCAUACGAAACAAAGGUUCGGGCACCAAGAAAAGACGGGUCGGUCCGGGUGAAAAAAUUGUUAAACGUCGUAAACGUCCUACGCGUUUGUGCAACCAUUGUAACAAAUAUGUAUUUGAUCAUGAUAGUCGCAAUUGUAUUAAAGUCAAAGAGGCAAAACGGGCUGCUUACAAGGCCAAAUGCGAUGCUGCGGCUGCUGCCAACCUUCCUCCUCCCCGAUAUGAUGUAUCGGACAAUGAAUUCGAUGUUGAACCUACAUAUGCAUCUUCCGAUUCUGAUGAAGAGUUCUACAACGACAACCCUAUUGAUAUAGUGUACGAUACGAUUGCAACAAAUACUCAACAAGUCGACCCGGCACCUUCAAAAACAUCUAACCAACCCAUUAGAUAUUCGUCCAGAACCCAUCGUGACCCCAACUAUGUUUACAAUACUGAAUCAGAAGACGAUGUUUGA